GGAAGAGAAAAGGCAAAAGAGAACUCAGAUUUCUACUCUUCUUUAGGCAUUGAUCUAAUUCUCAAGGGAUUGUAAACCCUAAAGCUUGAGGAAAUCUUCCCAAAAACCCCUCUCUCUUUCCUCCAUCCCACAUUUUCUGAUCUGGGCUUCCACCAUCUUUCCCCUGAAGAAAUACCAAAACCCAAGAACUCUUUUUUGUUUGCUACCCAAAAUUGCACCUUUUUAGCAUUUUCUUCAUUUUUCACCUGGGGUUUUCUUGUUUUAAGCAAGGAAAGGAAAAAAAUGGGAUGGUAUGACAAACUUGUUAUGAUGCAAGGAUAGUUAGAUAUGGUCCAUAUGGAAAUGGGUGCUGAUCAAAAGAAAGUUCACAUUUUUUUAGCCAUUAUACUUCCAACCCUUUUCUUCAAUGUGGUUUUAGGCACAACAAACCAGGAUGAUUUCAAGAUUUUGGAUGAUUUCAGGAAUGGUUUGGACAAUGCAGAUCUUCUGAAAUGGCCUGCAAAAGGGAAUGACCCUUGUGGCCCUCCUGCAUGGCCUCAUGUGUUCUGUUCUGGGGGUAGAGUUACACAAAUUCAAGUCCAGAACAUGGGUUUAAGUGGAACUUUACCUCAGAACUUGAACCAGUUAGCUAAGUUGCAAAAUGUUGGCCUCCAGAAGAAUAAUUUCAAGGGAAAGUUGCCAAGUUUUAGUGGAUUAUCUGACUUGCAAUUUGCAUACUUGGAUAACAAUAAAUUUGAUACAAUCCCUUCGGAUUUCUUUCAUGGGCUAGGUAGUGUUCGUGUUUUAGCACUGGAUCAAAAUCCGUUCAAUGCUAGCACUGGGUGGAGUAUUCCUCCUGAGCUGCAGGAGUCUGCUCAGUUGACAAAUUUUUCAUGCUCAACUUGCAAUAUUGCUGGACCAUUGCCCGAUUUUUGGGGUAAAUUAGCAUCUUUGAGUGCUUUGAAACUGUCAUAUAACAACUUAUCCGGUCAGAUACCUCCUAGUUUUGGUGGUUCAAAUUUGCAGAUUCUUUGGUUGAAUGAUCAGGAUGGUGGUGGAAUGACUGGCUCCAUUACUGUGAUUGCAAGCAUGGUCGGUCUAUCUCAGGUAUGGCUUCAUGGAAAUCAAUUUACAGGGUCAAUUCCAGAUAAUAUUGGGGAUUUAACUUCAUUGAGAGACCUGAACCUGAAUGGAAAUCAUCUUGUUGGUUUAAUUCCUCAGAGCUUGGCUAGUAUGAGUCUACAGUCUUUAGAUUUGAACAAUAAUAUGCUUAUGGGUCCUAUUCCUAAAUUUGAAGCUGCAAAUUUUACCUAUAGUUCAAAUUCCUUUUGUCAAUCAAAUCCUGGUGAGUUAUGCGCUCCUGAAGUGAAUGCCCUUUUGGAAUUUCUUCAUGGCUUGAACUAUCCAGCUAAUCUUGCUUCUGGCUGGACGGGGAAUGAUCCAUGUAAGGAACCCUGGUGGGGAAUCACUUGUAAUCCACAGGGUCAUGUUUCUGUUAUAAAUCUACAGAAUCUUAAGCUUAAUGGUACACUUAGUCCUUCGCUUGCCAACUUAAGUUCAUUACUUGAGAUUCACUUGGCUGGAAAUAAUUUACAUGGUCUUGUUCCUUCAAAUUUAACUCAAUUGAAGAAUUUGAGAUUGUUGGAUAUAACUGACAAUAACUUUGGUUCACCAUUGCCAAAAUUCGGUGAUGGUGUGAAAGUGAUGAUUAAUGGUAAUCCUGGAUUGGUUCCUGGUAAAAAACCUAGACCAUCUCCUCCACCAACAGACAGCCCUCCUUCCCCAUCUGGUGAUAAUCAACAGCCAUCAUCAGAUAAUCCACCUUCCCCUUCUCGAGGCUCAACCGCUAGAUCUCCUAGUGCUGGGAAUGAGCAAAAUAAACCACAAGGUCCUCAAAGAUCCAAUCUAGAUUUAGUUGUGGGAGUCACAGCAGGUUCUAUUAUUUCUGUUCUUUUAUCAAUUGCUUUGGGUAUCUACUGCAUCAAAAAGAGGAAAGGCACCAAAGUUGUUACUGGUGGCAUCGUUGUCCACCCUAAGGAUCCAUCUCAAUCAGAUGACAUCAUCAAGGUCACAGUCUCUGAUCAUACUGGUCACUCUCUGACUGAAAGCAGUCCUAAAAGUAAGCAUAGUGCUGGAGUAGAAAAUGCUCAUAUUAUUGAGGAUGGAAACCUUAGAUUCUCAGUUCAGAUCCUUCGUAGUGGGACUAAAAAUUUUGCUGAAGAGAAUGAGCUGGGUCGCGGAGGUUUUGGAGCAGUUUACAAAGGGGUACUAGAAGAUGGAACUCAUAUAGCAGUGAAGAGAAUGGAAGCUGGGACAAUUACCAGCAAGGCUUUGGAGGAAUUCCAGGCAGAAAUUGAAGUUCUCUCCAAGGUCCGGCAUCGUCAUCUGGUUUCCCUUCUCGGUUACUCUAUUGAAGGAAAUGAGAGGCUACUUGUUUAUGAAUAUAUGAAUCAAGGGGCUCUAAGUAGACAUCUCUUUCGGAGGAAGAACCUGAACCUAGAACCUUUAUCAUGGACAAGAAGGUUAUCUAUUGCUUUAGACGUUGCAAGAGGUGUGGAAUAUCUACAUAGUUUGGCUCACAGAAGCUUCAUUCAUCGAGAUCUCAAAUCAGCAAAUAUUCUCUUGGAUGGUUGUUUUAGGGCAAAAGUUGCUGAUUUUGGAUUGGUGAAGCUGGCUCCUGACAGAGAGAUGUCUGUUGCAACGAAGCUUGCAGGAACAUUUGGAUACCUUGCACCCGAGUAUGCUGUCACAGGGAAAAUCACAACUAAAGUUGAUGUCUUCAGCUUUGGGGUGGUGUUGAUGGAACUAUUGACAGGCUUAGUAGCACUUGAUGAGCAACGCUCAGAGGAAAAUCGAUACUUGGCCGAGUGGUUUUGGCAAAUAAAGUCAGACAAAGAAAAGUUUAUUGCUUCUUUGGAUCCAGCUCUUGAUAUGAAAGGAGAUAUUGACAAUAGCGUCUUCACUGUAGCAGAGCUGGCUGGACAUUGCACUGCAAGAGAUCCAAAUCAUCGCCCUGAAAUGGGGCAUGCAGUUAAUGUGCUAUCUCCACUUGUUGAGACAUGGACGCCCGUUGAAGACACAGACGAACAUGGGGGCAUUGAUUACAGUUUACCUCUUCCUCAGAUGUUGAAGGGGUGGCAAGAAGAAGAAACGAAAGAUUUUACUGGUUCUAGUCAAGAUAGCAAGGGAAGUAUUCCGGCUAAACCAGCUGGAUUUGCAGAUUCAUUUACUAGCACCGAUGCGCGCUAGUCAAGGAUAGCUACUAGCUGCAAAUCUUUAUUUGGUUUCUCCUCCAAAUAAGGUGCUUGCACCUUCUAUGUUAAUAUUGGUAAGCAACCUGUUUUUCAUGUAGAUACGCAGAGAAAUCCAUACGCUAUGUUCAAAUUUUCUUUUAAUUUGAACAAUACAUUAUCUUGAAAGUUUUCAUUCAGGUGGUGUCAAGUUUCAACUUGCAAUUGUUGUUUC